AACCGUCCUCGCACUGAAAUCACUGCAAAAAUGGGCUCUAUUGCUGACCCCGAGAACACCUACGACUACAUCGUCUGCGGCGGCGGGACCUCAGGAUGCGUCGUUGCCGGCCGUCUGGCUGAGAACAAGGAUGUGCGUAUCCUGCUACUCGAGGCGGGCCAGCAUAACCGUGACCUCGAGAACGUACACAUGGCCGGCGGUUGGUCCAACAACUUCGACUCUGAGACCGACUGGAACCUGAUUACCAAGCCUAUGGCGGGGGUCGAUAACCGCCAGGUCAAGCUCAGUCGAGGCCGGUUCCUCGGCGGCAGUAGUGGGUGCAAUGGCACCCUCUGCAUCCGCGGCAGCAAACAGGACUAUGAUGACUGGGGCUUGGAGGGCUGGAGCGGCGAUGAGUUCUUCGAGGCGAUGAAGAAGUCCGAAACAUUCCAUGGCAAGCCCUGGUUCAAGGCCGACGAGUCGGCCCACGGCUACUCUGGCCCUCUACACACCGAACCGCACGACCUCGCCCCCAUCGCUGACCGGCUGAUCGACUCCUUCGUUGAUCAGGGCCUUCCCCUGCACCACGACAUGUUUUCUACGGGCGACGUCCCCCACGGCUGCGGCCACGUCCCCCGCACCGUCUACAAGGGUGUCCGCACCACAUCGGCCGACUUCAUCACCAAGGAGUACGACCGCACCAAUAUCACUAUCCAGACCGACGCGACGGUCGAUCGAAUCAUUAUCGAGCGGAAGGACGACGGCCUCCGGGCAGUGGGUGCGUUAACCCGCUCCGCAGACGGGACAAGCAAAGCCUACUACGCCCGGCGCGAAGUCAUCGUCUCUGGAGGCGCAUACUGCAGUCCAGCAAUACUCAUGCGCUCGGGUAUCGGAGCGCGCGACGAGCUCGCCCAAUUUGGUAUCGACUGUCUCGUUGAUCUCCCAGGCGUCGGCAAGAAUCUGAUGGACCACCUCAUUGUCUUCAUCUUCUACGAAGCCUCCAAGUCUGGCCUCACCAACUGCGACAAAGUCUACCACGACAACGCCCUCGAAAAGGCGCUCCAAGAGUACAGGGAGCACAAGACCGGCUUCCUGUCUACCUUCCCCUUCGGCUCUUUCGCCUUCGCGCGUCUCGAUGACCGUCUGAAAGACGAGCCCCUGUGGCGCGACGCCCCCCGCCUCCCCGGCCGAGACCCCAUGGGACUGACCCCCAAGCAGCCGAAUAUCGAGUUCUUCUCGACUGAGACGUACGGCGGCCCGAAGCAGUACAAUCAGUUCCCAAUCGAUCACAAGCACGCGUUCAGUAUCAUUGCGGAGCUGUUUUCACCCAAAUCCCGCGGUACCGUGACGCUGGCGAGCGCCGACCCACUGCAGAACCCGGUCAUCGACUGCAACUAUCUUGACCACCCGUUAGACUUGCUGGUGCUGAGUGAGGCCUGUCGCUUCGCCAAUGAGAUCGUCACCAAGGGUGCAGGAACGAAGGAUAUCGUCAAGGGGUCGUGGCCGGAGAACCUGGAUCACCAUACGUAUACGACAAGGGAGCAGUGGGUUCCUUAUGUAAAGGAACAUGCUACGACUUGCUACCACGCAGCCGGAACGUGCGCAAUGGGCAAGCCCGAUGACCCGAAUGCUGUGCUGGACAACAAGCUUCGUGUCCGUGGUGUCAAGGGUCUGCGCGUUGCGGACUGCAGUAUCAUGCCGACCCUCCAUGGCGGGCACACGCAGAUGCCUGCGUAUGGAAUUGGAGAGCGGUGCGCGGACUUUAUCAAGGAGGAGUGGUAGGCCGAGACCUGGAGUCGCAAAAGUGGCAGUGCAAAGUGAUAUAUUCACUUAUUGGGUUAAUGAUAACGACCAUUCUAUCAUAUACUCUAGCGUUCUCAGUUCGUUAAGCCAUAUAUCCAUCAUCUCAUCUCGUCUAAUCCAAAAGACAAUACAAGAAAGAAAGCCAAUAAAUACAAUGAAGGUUGCGGAACCAGCUCCGUUAGAAAAUAACAGGCUCCGGCAGAAGUUCAGGCGUAUCCUCUCUAAACUUCUUCUCAAUCAGAUCUCCAAAACUGGCAGACCACUCAACUCUCGGCGUAAGGAUAUCCAAUCCCCACAACUCAUCCACAUACUUCAAGAUCGACGUAUGCGUGUACUCCCCCUUCGCUUGCCCU